AUGGCUUCAAUUAUUGAUCAAUCGUUAAAAGAAACCAUAUUAACUCGAUUAUUUCAUUCAUAUUUGAGAUAUGAUGAAUUAAAACGAAAAGAUGAUGCCAUUAAAGAGCGUUUCAACGAUAUACAAACAAAAUUACAUGGUUUAGAUUUUUUUGGUCAUCGUUAUGUAUUAGACGACGACGACAAUAGCGACAACUAUUAUCCAUUCAGAUACAUCGAUAAUUAUUUUAAAUACGAUGAUUCAUUAUCUUUAGAAAAACAGAUUGACGAGCAAAUAGUUAUCAACGAGAAACUACAGACAGAAAUUGGUGAAACAACGAAUAAACCAGAUUUAAUUGAACAUUCGUCAUCGUCAUCAUCUACUGUUCGCUCAACAAUUGUUUUUGUACAAUUAUCUAUUUCAAAUGAUCAAAUAUCUUCAUUAGAUAAACGUUAUGUUUCAGUUUAUUUAAAUCCCAUUCAAUAUCAUACAGAAAUUGUUCUUCCACUAAUACAACAACAAGAACAACAACAGUUUAACUGGAUUCAUUUUUCAUUUUGUACACCAUCUCCUACCUCAUCAUUAUCAUCCACAUCGUCAACAAUGUCAUAUAUGUAUGAUUCUAUUCCAGAGCAGCAAAAUAGUCAUUGGAAUGAGAAUAAUGAUUUUAUACAAAAACCAAGACGUUCAUCCAGUCAACAUAUCACAAAUAUUCGAAAUAAACGAAAUAAUGAAACAAAAUAUUUCUCCGAGGCAAAAUUAACUGGUGAACGAAUUUCACUUGCUGCCAGUCUACCAUUUAAUACAAAAUUAAAUAUUCGUAUACAAGCUGAUCGUUUAUUAAAACAACAAAAAAAUAAAAAUAAUGAUGAUUUAAAUUAUAUCAAAACUACAGCUUCAAUUGAGUCAUUAGAUCCGGCUAAUGAACACAUUUAUUUUUCAAAUAUCAAUAAACAUUAUCAACAACAUUAUUCUACAGCUGAUAGUCUAUUAGCAGCCAACGCAACGAUGCAUUUUUAUUAUCCAGAUCGUCAAAUUCAAAAACAACAACGGUACAAUGACAGCAGCGGAGAAAAUUUAUAUCAUCAAAAACUACCAAGAACAAGAAAAAUAUCAUUACCAGUAUCGUUACCUAUUGAUAAACGAAUAUGUUUGUACAUACGAAAUGGUGAAGUAUUAGCAAGAUGUUGA